UCCGAUUGCGCCGCUCGGCCAGGAUCCAAUACAGUCUCUGGCCUUGGAUACGGAUGUCGACCAUGUCAGCAAAGGAUUCACAGACCGGACUUUCCUCCUCAACUUUCGUUCCUCCUCGACCGGCUGCUCCUCCGCUCCUCACCCAGCAACUCGCUCCACCCACUCCGAUCCGCUUUUCCCACUCCCUAUCCGCCCCGACGACUGCGCCCCCGAGAGACUUCCCAUCACAGCAGGUCCCGCAGACAGCAUCAGCAGAAUCAGCACCUGCCUCGCCCUAUUACAAUUUCUCCUCCGUACGACCAUCCCUCCCCACCAUCAGCCCGGGCUCGUACGGCAGCAGUCCCUCUCAUAUCACGUAUUCCUCCGCCACAGGCACGGGCACGGGACACGAUCAUAGCCAUUUCUCCAAUGUUGGGAAAGCGAGUGCUUCCCAUCCGCAAACCAUCCAGCAUCACCCGCCCUCCUAUCCGCCCGUCUCGCGCACCGAUUCCAUAAUAUCCGAAUCCCCGUUGAGGUUUGAAGCUUUCAAUAGGGAUACGGAGCAGCCGAAAAGACUAGAGGGCCUGCAUUUGCCGCCUAUCAGAACGGCGUCGACGGGGUUUGGCGACAGUCCAGGUGGGAGAGAAAGUGUGAAGGAGAGGGGAGAGGCAGAGGAGGGAGGGAAGAGGAGGCGGUUGAAUAUCAGUGAGGUGUUGGAGUGAGGAUCUUGUCCUUGAGGAUGAUGAAGACUUUGAAGAGAGAAGUUGCG